GUGUGUGUGUGUGUGUGUGUGUGUGUGUGUGUGUGUGAAGGGGGAGGAGUCAGCAGCAGACAGAGAGUCAGUGUCGGAGGAGGAGAGCGGCAGCAGGAACCGGACAGAGCGAUCACACCUGGACGCAGCUGGACUCUGCUGGACAGGUCGAACCGCUGCGAUGAUUUACAGCCACGCGGACGAGUCAGAGCGGAGCUGUCUGGUCAUGUAGCGCGUCGGUCUGAUUCCUCAGAACCUUCGUCAGGAGCAGCAGAGAACGAGGUUUAUCAGAGUUUCAGCAACGUCAGAAUCAACCUGUGCAGGUCUGACACUCUGGAGGAGGAAAGAUGGACAAACACAUCGAGUCGAGCUGAUCUGAACCAAACAGGACGUCACCUGCUUCACCUGACAGACAUCGACACAGCGCUGAGCGUGCUACUUCCUGUUGUCUCCUUUAGGUCUCACCGCUGCUCGGCUGCAGCCGCUGCGUCGUUGCCGCGGUGAUGUUCCGCCGUAAGAAGAAGAAGCACAGGCCAGAGAUCUCGGCACCGCAGGACUUCCAGCACCGCGUCCACACAUCCUUCAACGUCGCCACGGGACAUUACGUGGGUCUGCCGCCGCAGUGGCAGAGCGUCAUCGACACACUGAGGAGGCCGCGCCCCCUAGUGGACCCGUCCAGGAUCACCGACGUCCAGCUCGGACCCAAGAAGAGGAUCUGCCGCGGCAGCUUCAUCGGUCAUGGUGACUACAUCUCUCAUGUGAUCGCUGAGAUGAGCCGCCUGUCCGUCACCGGCUCCAAUUCUCUGCGCCGCAGCAGCCCAUCGGCACGGAAACGGGCACAGUCGCUGGGCCGACUGGGAGAACUGGCAGAGGACGAGUCGUACCAGUACAAAGAGCUCAGUCACCGUGGCGACAGGAAGAAUAACGGGAGCUCCACCUACUGGCAGGACAGGAUCCGACAGGUUCGCGGCGAGGGCGGCAGCCCCAAACUGAACGGAGCUCUGCCACGAGCAAAGUCCACCUGCGAGGUGGGGACUCUGUCUGAGGCCACGCCCCCCGCGCCUCAGAGGACAGGUUUAACAGGUGGACAAUACGCCCGCAGCGAGGGGGCGGGGCUAAGAGACGGGCGUGGACAGACAGGUGGGGUGAGCAGACAGAGGCCGACUUCCUGCCACUAUAACCUGCAGACUCUGGAGACCAACAGCAGACCUCAGCUGAGACCCAAAACACCUGUGAACCAGCUGCCCGACCUGCUGUCCUCCUCCACACAAACUCCCAGAAGGCCUCAUUCCUCCUACGACCUCAAGCUGACCUCCUCCCCCUCCCUGCUGCCCCCCCCGAACAGCACCAGCAGCCCCCUCACAGGUAGAGGGCUGCCUCAGCGCUCCCUGCGCCCCUCCUCCAGCUUCAACAUUGGACUUUCUCCAAAAACCCAGACGCUCCUGAACCAGCCCCGCCCCUCCCCCACGGGCUCCCCGGGACGCUGCCCCUCCUCCCCCCAGGUCCCCAAGCAGCAGACCGCACCUGCUACAGCGCCUGACAGCGGCGCUCCAAAGGUGACUCACGAUCAGUUCAAGGCGGCUCUGCAGAUGGUGGUGGACCCGGGGGACCCGCGGGCGACGCUGGAGAACUUCAUGAAGAUCGGCGAGGGCUCGACGGGCGUGGUGUGCAUCGCCAGAGAGAAGCUCAGCGGGCGGCAGGUGGCCGUGAAGAUGAUGGACGUGAGGAAACAACAGCGCCGAGAGCUUCUCUUCAACGAGGUGGUGAUCAUGAGGGACUACCGGCACGAGAACGUGGUGCAGAUGUUCCGCAGCGCUCUGGUGGAGGAGGAGCUCUGGGUCAUCAUGGAGUACCUGCAGGGCGGCGCUCUCACCAACAUCGUCAGUGAAACCAGGCUGAAUGAAGAACAGAUAGCGACGGUGUGUGAAGGCGUCCUGCAGGCGUUGUCGUAUCUUCACUCUCAGGGCGUCAUCCACAGAGACGUCAAGAGCGACUCCAUCCUGCUGACACUGGACGGGAGGAUCAAACUGUCAGACUUUGGUUUCUGCGCUCAGAUCAGUAAAGACGUCCCGAAGAGGAAGUCUCUAGUGGGGACGCCAUAUUGGAUGGCGCCAGAGGUGAUCUCCAAAACGGCGUACGGGACCGAGGUGGACGUCUGGUCUCUGGGCAUCAUGGUGGUGGAGAUGGUGGACGGAGAGCCGCCGUAUUUCAGCGACACACCGAUCACCGCCAUGAAGAAGCUGAGAGACGAACCAGCACCGAGCGUGAAGAACAUCCAGAGGGUGUCUCCGGUUCUGAAGGACUUCCUGGGCUGCAUGUUGACCCGCGACACGCAGCAGCGCUGCAGCGCCGCCGACCUGCUGGAGCACCCGUUCCUGCUGCAGGCCGACUCGCCGCGCUGCCUGGUGCCGCUGGUGGAGCAAUACCGCAAACGCAUGUCGCUCUGCUGAACGCCUGAACACACCAGAGACCACCUGAGACCACCUGAGGCCACCUGAGGCCACCUGAGACCACCUGAACACACCUGAAC